GACAUAUUGCACAAUCACUUGAAAAUCUUUCCUUAUUGUUAUGAUCUGUUAUGUUGAUGAAAUACACCAAACAGUAUAAAAGAUAAAGUAAGAUAGUAAACUGACCAAAAGACAAUAGUUAAACCAUAUCAAAAAGGGACCAUGAAGACAAUAUCAUUAUCAAGGACAAGAUUUGGUUUUGAUCAGUCCAACACAGCAAAGAAUAUGGAUUCAACAACAACUUCCCCAAAGAAACUGCAGAAGAAAAGGACUCAGCAAUACUCGAUGUGUUUUCUAUACAACACUGGAGAAGCAAUUGCAAAGUUAACAGGACUGACUGUAGCUACAUGUAAUCCUUCUACAGAAAAAGGCAAAGCAACUGAAGAGACAAAGGAGACAACAGUGCAACAACGACCAGAUUUUACAACAGUAUCAGAAAAAAUGUCCUGUAAUUACUGUGUAGUUGACUUUGAAUCAAGAGGAGAACAGAGAAGACAUUACAAAUCAGACUGGCACAGAUACAAUCUGAGACAAAGAUUAAAGGGAGUAAACUAUGUAAACGAAGACAAGUUUGAAGAGCUUUCAGGAAAUAUAUCCAGUAUAUCAGGCUCAGAGUCUGACAGUGAUGAUGAUGACAACCAUGCUACAAGUAAACCUGUUAGUAUUGCUGCCAGAUUCCAGAGGAAACUAGAAGUUGUAGGAACAGGAAGUAGUACAGACAGUGAAUCUGAGGACAGUACAAUGGACGACAGAGCUCGCAAAUACCCAAAGAUAUUCCUGAAAAAUUCACUGGGUGACCUCAUAUCACUAUAUAGAUGUGUUGUGUGCCACAAACAAGUUAUUCCAACUAGCCAUUCAGAUUUAAUAUCCAUGGUAACAGACACUCCUCUGAAUAUGAAGUGGGCAGUCCUAAUGUCAAGUGGAGGUCAUUUUGCUGGAGCAAUAUAUGAUAGGGAUAAAAUUAUAGCCCAUAAAACAUUUCAUCGCUAUGUUGUAAGAGCUAAGCGUGGUACAGCACAGAGUAGUAGAGAUAGUCAGGGUAAUGCUCCCAAAUCUGCUGGUGCUGCUCUUAGAAGAUAUAAUGAGGCUGCUUUACAAGAGGAUGUUAGAGCACUACUUACAUCAUGGGAUGAACAUAUUAAAUCUUGUGACCUCAUUUUCCUUAGAGCUCCUAGUUUUAAUAAGAAGAUAUUUUUCUCUGGCAAAGCACCUCCAUUAGAUAAAAAAGACAAACGAAUUAGAAUGAUACCAUUUCAGACCAAACGACCAACUCAUAAUGAGGUUCAACGAGUUCAUCAAAUGUUGGCUUCAAUAGAAUCAUAUGGUGAAGAAGCAGGCAUACAGGAUUUCAUCCCUCUUUCCCCACAGCUGACAUUUAGUGCAGAUGUUGGAAAGUUAAUUGUUGUCCCUGAAGAUAUAUCAACCUCUCCUAGACACAGAAAAAGUAAGGACAGACUGGGUACUUCUCCACUGACUAAACAAUAUGACGAUUUACUCACAGAGGGCCUGGAGAAAUCAGCUGGAGAUGCAAGAGAAAGGGGCCAGAAUGUAGGACUUAUUGAUGAUAGAGACUAUGUAAUACCUCCUGAAAAGGGACAAACAAAAAUGGGACUUGACCAUUUAUUAAUAAAUGAAAGUUUUCCCAAUUCAUCUGGAAAUUCUACAGCAAGUGACUCAGAAUUAGUAGUUGUUAUGCAGACACUUAAAACAGACCAUCUCAAAGAAUUUGCCAUGUCAAAAAAACCAAAAAGGAAGAAAAAUACCAGAAAACGAAGACCUUCCAUUAAACAUCAGCUGGAGCCUGGAACCAACCCUUUGGAUGAAGAGAAAUACCAUUUAAAAAACAGUUUAUACACAGCUUGUAAAGUAGGUGAUGCAGAUACUUUGCUUAAUCUUCUUGCUGUUUUUAAUGUGUCAGACAAACCUGAUGAUGAAGGAGCAUUUAGGGGUCAAGGUGAUUCAAAGGUCAUAGGUGAUAGAGAAGUUAUUGUUAGUGUCAUAGAUGGAGAAAAUGUAAUACAGGAAACUAUGGAAGGAAUUGCAAAAUCAGAGGGUAAUUUGAAAACCAGUGGAAGUGAAAUACAAUUUAAUAUUGAUAUAGAUGAUAUGAAGGAUCAAGAUACAAAUAAUUUGACCUUUGAACCUGAAAAUGUUUUUAAUAAUGAAUACAAAGUGGAUGAUUCUAAAGAUAAAAUAGACCGUCAGUUGACUUGUGAUGACCAUGAUUUAAAUAGCACUAGGACAGAAAAUACUGAAAAUGUGGAAAGUAAAAGCAAAGAACAGAACAUUGAUUACUUCAAUGCAGAUCUAUCUAUGAAGCAAUCUGGAUUGACUUCUGCAAGUGCUACACAAAUGCCUGAUAUUGAAAAUGUGUUUGUUGAUUCAGUGAAUGAAAAAUCCAACAUGACACUGAAUGUUAAAGAAAAUAGUCGACCAACAAGCAGAGAAGGGAGUCGAUCGCGUCACUCCUCAGCCAAUGAUAUGUUACUAGUAUCACCAAUAAUUGUAACUUCUGAAUUAUUGAAUGAACCAAUAGGAGACAGUGAGACAACUCUACUGAUGAUAGCAUCUAAAGAAGGUCACAAGAAACUUAUUCAAAUGUUGAUGAAAGCAGGAUCAAAUCCAGCUGUCAAGGAUAAAUAUGGUCAGACUGCAUACCAGAUAACUUCAGACAAAGAGACGAGGAACGAAUUCAGAAGAUUUAUGGCUAAGUUUCCUGACAGAUAUGAUUACGACAGUGGAAAGAUACCUGGGCCACUAACUGAAGAAAUGGAGGCAGAAAGAAGGAAAAAGGAAGCUGAAAGAAAAAAGCAACAGAAGAAAGCAAAACAGGAAAGAGACAAGGAAAAGAGAGCAGAAGAAGCAAUACAAAGAGUUGAAGAAGAAGCAAAGAAAAGAUUCUUAUCAAUGCCAGAUAGGGAUAAGAGAGCCUUAGCAGCUGAAAAAAGACUCAAAGAUCAGAAACUGUCUGAAGGAAUACAGGUUGUAUUAAGCCGUUGUUACCAGUGUGGAAAGGACAUGACAGGAAAAGUUCCAUUUGAAUAUUUUGAUUAUAAAUUUUGUUCUCCAAAAUGCCUGAAAGAACACAGACAGAAAACUGGAAAGAGCUGAUAGAAGAUAUUUUGUAGAAAUUUUAUUUUCAAAUUUUUGUCUUGACUGCAUUGUUCUAUGUUAUGUUAUUUGUGAUGAUCAGUUACCAUGUAUGCCAAGCUUUGUGGUAUUUGUUAUUUUAUCCAAUUAAAUCUGCCUCCUUAUA